GUGAUGGCGGGCUCCCGGCGAGAGAGGCUUGACAGCUUUCUGCAGAACACGUCAAGGUACCGGUGGCGUCGGCUCGCGGAAGGCCGGGCAAUCCCAGAGGAUGUUUCUGGUGGUCUAAUCUCAGAAAUUGCAUCACUAGUCUGCACAAUGGUUCCCUUUGGUGGUGCCAAGUGGUGCCCAGUUGCCUCCAAAUCUCAGACCCUUAUUUGGACAAGAAAAGUUUACAAAGGAAAUGGUAAUUCUCCAAUUGUUCCCUGAGGUGUCCAGCUGCAGCCCAUGGAGAGCCAGUUCAGUAAUGAAUCUCAAGAACACCAUCUUUUGUCAGGUGCCGUUGUUCAUGCCUAUAAUCCUAGCACUCUGGAAGACUGAAGUGGAAAGAUCCCUUGAAACAUUAGCCAGGUGUUGUGAUGGUAAGACUAAGACCCAGAUUGGGAAGCCAGAUUCAGAGGAGAUAAUUACAGCAAAAACUGAAUCAUUGACUGAAGCAUCUGGCAACCUCAGAGAGCAUGUUCUCCAGGAUUGUGAAGGCAGAGGAUUCUGUGGAUUUGGGGAUAAAGUAAAUGAAAAGGAUCAGAACCUAUUUGAAAGACAACAACAUAACUGUGAUGAAUGUGGGCAAAGCAUUGUUUGGAGUACCGGCCUGCUUAGACACCAAAGAACCCACUGGGAGAAACCCUAUGAAUGUGAUAAGUGUGGAAAAGCCUUUACUGUGAGCUCAGCCCUGGUUCUGCAUCAGAGAAUUCAUACUGGGGAGAAACCUUAUACUUGUAAUUGGUGUAUUAAAAGUUUCACUCGGAGCUCAGACCUUAUUAAACAUCAAAGAGUCCACACUGGUGAAAAACCUUAUAAAUGUGAUGAAUGUGGGAAAGCCUUCAGUCAGAGCUCAGAUCUUAUUAUACAUCAGAGAAUCCAUACAGGAGAAAAACCUUAUCGGUGCAGUCAUUGUAGUAAAAGUUUCAGCCAGCGCUCAGACCUGGUUAAGCAUCAGAGAAUCCACACUGGAGAGAAGCCUUAUACAUGUAACCAGUGUAACAAACAUUUUAGUCAGAGUUCUGAUGUCAUAAAACAUCAGAGAAUCCACACUGGGGAAAAACCAUAUAAAUGUGAUGUGUGUGGGAAAGCCUUCAGUCAGAGCUCAGAUCUUAUUCUACAUCAGAGAAUCCAUACUGGGGAGAAACCAUAUCCAUGUAAUCAAUGUAACAAAAGUUUCAGUCAGAACUCAGACCUUAUUAAACAUCGAAGGAUCCACACUGGAGAGAAACCCUAUAAAUGUAAUGAAUGUGGAAAAGCUUUUAAUCAGAGCUCAGUCCUUAUUCUGCAUCAAAGAAUUCAUACUGGAGAGAAACCCUAUCCAUGUAAUCAAUGUAGCAAAACCUUCAGUAGGCUUUCAGAUCUUAUUAAUCAUCAACGAAUUCACACUGGAGAGAAGCCUUACCCAUGUAAUCAAUGCAGUAAAAUGUUUAGUCGAAGAUCAGAUCUUGUUAAACAUCAUAGAAUUCAUACAGGUGAGAAACCCUAUGAAUGUGAUGAGUGUGGUAAAACCUUUAGUCAGAGCUCCAACCUUAUUCUUCAUCAGCGAAUCCACACUGGAGAGAAACCUUACCCAUGUAGUGAUUGUAAUAAAAGCUUUAGUCGCCGUUCAGAUCUUGUUAAGCAUCAAAGAAUACACACUGGAGAGAAACCGUAUACAUGUAACCAGUGCAGUAAAAGUUUUAGUCAAAGCUCAGACCUCACUAAACAUCAAAGGGUACACUCUGGUGAAAAGCCCUAUCAUUGUGACAGUUGUGAGAAGGCCUUCAGUCAGAGCUCUGACCUUAUUCUUCAUCAGAGAGUUCACACUGGAGAAAAACCAUAUCCAUGCACACAGUGCAGCAAAAGUUUCAGUCAGAACUCAGACCUCAUCAAACACCAGAGAAUACACACUGGGGAAAAACCUUACAAAUGCAACGAGUGUGGGAAGGCUUUCAGUCAAUGCUCAGCUCUUAUCCUACAUCAAAGAAUCCACACUGGGGAGAAACCAUAUUCCUGUAAUCAAUGUGGCAAAAGCUUUAGUCGGCGCUCUGAUCUCAUUAACCAUCAAAGAAUCCACACUGGGGAAAAGCUGUAUAAAUGUGAUGCCUGUCAGAAAGCCUUCAAAACAUAUACAGAUCUUGUUCAACACCAGAAAAUCCACACUGAGAAGAAACCCUACCAGUGUCUUCAGUGCAACAGAAGUUUUAGCCAGCUGUCUGAUAUUAUUAAUCAUGAGAAAGUCCAUUCUGGGGAAGAUAGUCUAGAUGUGUUGAAUGCAGGAAAAUCUCUAGGGUAUACAUCAACUUUAUUUAGUACCAGAGACACUAUACCAGGAAAAAAUCUUAUGAAUGCUCUUGAGGAGUAUGAAAAGGGUUUUAAUCAAUGUUCAACUCUUAUGCUACAUUAACAAAAACCAUAUGGGGAGGAAACAUUCCAUUUUUAUAAUGAAAGUUUAACUCAGAGAUCAGACAUUACUAAAAUUAAGCAAAAUUCUAAAGAAGAGUCCUUUUUAGUUGUGGGAAAACCUUCAAUAUGAAUAAAAUUUUCACUGAAGGUCAGCAACAAUAGAAACAAAUUCCUGUCUUUGCUAUCAUUUAUGGAAAGCUCAUCUUUUAUGCAGACAUGAUCCACAAAAGGAGAGUUAAUAUUGCAAGAAAUGUAUAACAACAUUAAUGCAGAACUUAUUAGAUAUUUUAGAUUAGUGUGGGGACGUGUUCAAUCAACUCAGAAGGAAACAUAUUAGUAUUAUAAUCUUAAACCUUUAGUGAGCCCAAAUUACCAGUUGUAUAUCAGCAGUUAUUUUAGAGAAUGUAGGGAAAACUUAAGUCCUCUUCAUAUUUUUUCAUGACAUUUAUACUAAUAUGACACUUAGCCUCUAACACCUAGAGAGUCCUCCUUAUGCUAAUGUAGAUGGCUAUCUGUAAAUUACCUGUGUGUGAACACGCUGUACCAUUCCAGUAUUAAAUGUAUUAACUAGAUAACUCUAGUGCUCCCUUUACUCAGUUUUUUUGUUACUAGUUUUGGUUGGGGAGGGUCUAGCUUUUUUUUUUUCCUAGUGAGCAGAGGUUUGUGCAAGUUUCUGUAAUGUUCACAGCAAAUAUUGAUUUAUUUUAGUGAUACAGCCUAUAAACUUUAUUGGUUUAAAAUUACUUCUUCAAUAUCAUUUAAUCACAGCUUCUAAAUGUGUGAAAGAGGAUUUACAAAAUGUUUUUUCAUAUAUCAAAGUGUGAAGAUUUUUCUAUUGUCAUCUAUAGAUUGGACAAAAAUGGGAGCUGUGAUAUGGUGAUUUAUAAUAAAUAUAUAUUUGGUCUUCAUCCCCUCCUAAAACCCUUGGAAUUUCCUCAGUAGCAAGAGUGAUUAAAGUGAAAAGAGGGCUGAGCACAGUGGCUCAUGCCUAAAAUCCUAACAACUUGGGAGGUUGAGGGUGGGAGAAUUUUCAUGAGGAGAGGAGU